UGUCUCAAAAAAAAAAAAAAAAAAUUGUUAUUGAGAAUAUUUUCCAAGGCAGAGUGGAUGAAGUUAGAUGUACAGAAUAAAUACAGGACUCUCUGAGAUCCCUAUAACCUGAGCGCUGCGUGUGACCCUGGAGCCUCACAGGGGCACACACGGGCACACAGAGCUUAGCCUCCUGUUAUCCAGCAGCGCCUAUUGCGCGCGCAGCCCCAGGACCACGAAACUGCUGCUUAACGGUCGGCCCCGCCCCAUUGGCCGCGCAAGUUCUCAAAGGGGGCGGGGCUGGGAGCACGAGUCGCACAACAAGCACGCGCCGGCGCGGAGCUCACCAGGGGCGGGUCGGCGCAUGCGCAGAUGGUGCGAGCUUGAAGGCGGGAAAAUACGUAAUGGAGCGACAGGGAGUGGACGUGCCCCAUGUGAAGUGCAAAGACCAGGAGCCACAGCCCUUGGGGGAGAGCAAGGAGCAUCAGCGGUGGGAAGAGAACUGCAAGGAGGAAGCUGGUGGAGGGCCAGCUAGUGCCAGUUGCCAGCUGACAGUGCUGGAAGGGAAGUCGGGACUCUACUUCUCCUCUCUGGACUCAAGCAUCGACAUCCUGCAGAAGAGAGCCCAGGAGCUGAUCGAAAACAUCAACGAGAGCCGGCAAAAGGACCAUGCGCUCAUGACCAACUUCAGGAACAGCCUGAAGACCAAGGUUUCGGAUCUGACAGAGAAAUUAGAGGAGAGGAUCUAUCAGAUUUAUAAUGACCACAACAAGAUCAUCCAGGAAAAGCUCCAAGAGUUCACCCAGAAAAUGGCAAAGAUCAGCCAUUUGGAGACAGAGCUCAAACAAGUCUGCCACAGCGUGGAGACUGUGUACAAAGACCUGUGUCUCCAGCCUGAGGCCACUGCUUCAGAAGAACAGACCCACAGAGAUGGUGAAUGCUGACAGCUGCCGGGAGACUCACGCCUUAGUGACAGCCUCCAGAAGACUGUGAGGCCACCAUUUGGGCCACACUGAGAAAUUGUUUUUCAUGGUUCUAUAAUGCAUCUUGGCAGAAAAAAAACACAAAAACCCAAAGCUCCUUGUGCUGAACUCCCAAAACAUAGCAAGUCCAGCCCCUGCCAUGGGCCCAGCCUUCAUGCUCCCCACCCUUGGCAAGUUCUCCUCACCCCCAGGCCCACAGUUUAUUAAAUGUUUGAUUUUCAACCUG